AUGUCUGGCCCAGACGCUGCCGACCCCUCAACGCCGGCACCCGAGAAACCACCUGCUAAAGAUGUAGUUAUACCCCAGCAGCCUGCCAUUGUGGCUCCUCGCACCUUCUUGGAGCCAGCUCGACCGAUCAUGCCUCCAACCCCCUUGUCGGCGAUAGAUAGGGAGCAGAUGGAGGGCCUGAGAUCAAUACGUGCCUUUCUGAAAGUGCGGACGAGUUACGAUGUCCUCCCUUUGAGUUAUCGUCUCAUCAUGCUUGACACAGCAUUGUUGGUUAGCAAGAGUCUGAAGAUCCUGAAUCAGAAUGGUAUCGUGUCUGCGCCGCUUUGGGACUCCAAGACCUCGACGUUUGCCGGGUUGCUUACUACCUCGGACUACAUCAAUGUAAUACAAUACUACUGGCAGAACCCUGACGCGCUUGCGCAAGUGGAUCAGUUCCGCCUGGACAGUUUGCGAGAUGUCGAGAAAGCGAUAGGGGUGAUGCCCAUUGAGACAGUGUCCAUUCAUCCCGAACGCCCCUUAUACGAUGCAUGCCGAAAAAUGCUCGCAUCAAGAGCCCGCCGUAUCCCCCUCGUUGACAUCGACGAUGAAACACGGCGACAUAUGGUAGUCAGCGUGAUAACGCAGUACCGAAUCCUCAAAUUCGUAGCAGUCAACGUCAAGGAGACGCAGAAGCUUCGGAAACCGCUGAGAGAGCUCCCUGAUGUCGGCACGUAUGCCAAUCUGGCGACGGCCACUAUGGAAACCCCGGUCAUGGAUGUCAUUCACAUGCUUGUGAAGAAGAACAUCUCCAGUGUCCCUAUCUUGGAUAAGGAUGGAACCGUCGUCAACGUAUUCGAAGCCGUCGAUAUCCUCACGUUGAUCAAAGAAGGGGCCUACGAUGAUCUCAAACUAAACGUGGGCGAAGCUCUGUUGAAGCGCUCGGAAGAUUUCCCUGGAAUAUACACCUGCUCCGUUCACGACCAGCUAGGGACCAUCUACGAUACCAUCCGCAAGUCAAGGGUGCAUCGAUUCAUCAUCGUUGACGAGCACCGGAAACUCAAGGGAGUGCUGACGCUCAGCGACAUUCUGGAUUAUACCCUGUUGGAAGGGGAAGUGGACGAAUAAGCACCACUUCCAUGUCCGGCACCUAGACAGCGGAGUUUACAGAGGACGGAUGGCCUCUCUUUCUCUUCUUUGUAAGUUUUGGAAUUGGCGGAUUGCAUCUGGGCAGAGGAACAGCAAUGUGCCGGAUUGCUGGGAUCGCGCACAGGCAUGUCUUGGAUAUGGCGAAUGGGGCGAAUGGGUAAAGGAUUUGAUAUUUGAGUGAUUUUAUUUGGGCAGGGGGUUCAUAUUGCAUACAGGCUUUCUAGUUAUGCUGAUUGUGGGACGAAGCGCAAGGGUUAUGGGACUUGGAAUUGGAAUUGUUGGAUGACUACAUUCCCCUUUUGAUCCAUGCCCAUUGCAAAUGGCACUGUUGACAUAUAUUCAGGGUAUCUAAAGUCGACCGAACAGUAUAACCUCCAGCUAUCUUCUACUUCCUCCCACAUCAUCCAAAGUCAACUAAAACCGU